AUGGUCAUCGUCCUCGGCUCUGCUUUCACCAGCAUCCCAAUGAUGUUCCGACAUAUUGGCAUGCGGCUACAAUUCAAGAAUCCCGAUUCUCGUCGUCCAUUCUACGAAGAAGAGAGAAGACGGAAUCAAAUAAGGAAAGAAGAAGCCCUCGCCUGGAAGCGGCAGAAGAGAAAACAAAAGGCAGCAGAGUCAGCGCCCCAGGUCAAUGGCGAAGCUGCAGUAAGUCAAGACAGGGCGGAACACCCUCCACUCGAAGGUGGCCGUGACCCUCUAGUCUGCGAUGUCCGCUAUUACGCACGCCGUGUAGGGCUAGAGGUUGAAGAAUACGCCGUACAAACCGAGGACGGCUUCAUCAUUAAUCUCCAGCACGUUUACGACCCACACACUUCUUCUCCCGCCUCUCCCUCCCAACGUUCACACCAACCACCGAUCGGCUUCCCCAAAACCUUCUCCGAAUCCGCCGAGACCUCUCCCUCCUCCUCCACUACCUCUACUGCCACCCCUCCCCAACUCAAACCCAAUCCUCUCAAUUCAACCACACGCAAAUACCCUGUCCUCCUCAUGCACGGCCUGCUCCAAUCCUCCGGUGCAUACUGCGUCAACGACGACGCCUCCCUCGCCUUCUCCCUUGCCAAAUCCAACUACGACGUCUGGCUCGGCAACAACCGCUGCGGUUUCUCCCCGAAACACACUCUCCUCUCCACCUCCGACCCGCGCAUGUGGAACUGGAAUAUCCGCCAAAUGGGAGUCAUGGAUCUCUCGGCGCUGAUCUCCCGUGUCCUCGCCGAAACAGGCUUCCCCAAGCUCGGCCUGGUAUGUCACUCCCAGGGCACGACACAGACAUUCGUAGCCCUGGCGAAAGGCCAACGACCGGAUCUUGGCGAGAAAAUCAGCGUCUUCUGCGCCCUGGCGCCAGCCGUAUACGCAGGCCCCCUAAUCGGCAAAAUGUACUUCAAAUUCAUGCGCAUCAUCUCCCCUGGCAUGUUCCGCAUGAUGUUCGGCAUCCACGCCUUCAUCCCCUUCAUGAUGACAAUGCACAAAUACCUCCCCGCGCGGCUGUACGGCGCGAUGGGCUACCGCGUCUUCGCCUUCCUCUUCAACUGGACCGACACGCGCUGGGACCUCGGUCUGCGCGACCGCUUCUUCAUGUUCUCGCCCGUCUGGGUCAGCGCGGAGAGUAUGCGCUGGUGGCUCGGGAGGGAGUGUUUUGCGCAGCAGAAAUGCAUUCUUGCGACGCGGGAGGAGAAAUUACAGGAGGAUCGCGAAGACGAAGAAGCCGAGGAGGAGAGGGAGUAG